UAUUCUGAGUCAACAUUUAUGACAAACGGAUAAUUUCUAAUCUGUUGAUAAAAAUGAAACUCAUACACUCAGUUAAAGUUUGCCAAACUAACUUGGUAGUUACGUUUUCAUACUAACAUUUCAAACUAGUUAUUUUCAUGAAAAUGGUGAAACGAAUUCUCAAAAGGUUCAUGUGGGAUUUAAAAAUUAUUUUCUUCUGUUAUUAUCUACUGGAACCCUGUGCUGGACUUGACUGCGAAGAAUCUGCUGCAACUGAACAACAACGUAAAAUUAAUUAUGGUUAUUACAACUCCUAUUCAUAUGUUACAAUAGUACAUAAUAUUACAUUGCAAUGCUCAGGAGUCACAUUACCAUUACCACAUAGAGCUUUUGAACAUAAUUGCGAUAACUGUCCUCGUGUUAUGAAAAUUGUAUCUUCGAAUCUUCCAGUAAUACCUUCAGCAGCAUUUUCGAAAUAUUCCACAACAUCAAUUCUUCAUAUGGAAAGACUAUAUAUAGGAAAGCUAUCACCAGGAGCUUUCAACUCUCUAUACUCUCUCAAAGAAGUGUACCUUAGUGAAAAUAACAUUACUGAAUUGAGCCCAGGAAUUUUCAACUCCUUAUCCGAGCUUCAAAUUUUAGAUUUAUCAAAAAAUGAUCUGAAAACAUUGGGACCCAGUUGCUUGACUGGAGCAAUCAAUUUAAUAUCAUUGAAUUUAUCUUUGAAUUCUUUGAAAAGUUUUGACGAACUGGUUUUGGAUCAAAACAUCAUCAAACUUGAAUAUAUUGAUUUGAGUUUCAAUCAAAUAACCGAAAUUAAUAUAAGAAGUAUUCGACAUAAGAUUGAUAACAUAGAUUUGAGCUGGAACCAAAUCACUAACAUAGAUUUUUGUAUCAAUGGUUUUAAAAGUAUCACUGUCAGCAAAAAUCGGUUAAAGUCGAUUGGAAAAAAUAAUUGCUCGAAUGUGACUUCCAGAGUCAUCAAUUUUGAUUUGAGUUAUAAUAUCAUUUCUGAAUUAUUCUCAGAUACUUUUGAACAUUUAAAUACACUCAAAAUAUUGAAAUUGGAACAUAACAAUAUAUCUUCUCUCCCGAUCGGACUGUUUUCAGACUUGUCUAGUCUAAUAAAUUUGAAUCUAUCCAACAAUAAACUGGAACAAUUUUAUCAUGGAACUUUCGAAAAUUUGAAAAAUUUACAAAUCUUAGACAUAUCAAAUAACAAAAUCACAGACGUAAAAAGAUACUUGCAUUCUUUGGCGAAUAUGAAUGAGUUGUAUAUUCAACAAAAUAAAUUAUUUCAUUUGGAUUCAGAACAAAUAAUCGCAGACUCACCGCAUGUAUCAAAAAUUUCUCUGGGUGGCAAUAACUUCACCUGUGACGAUCUCAUUGAAAUAAUACAUUACUUCAGAAGUAAAAGUGUUAUUGUUGCAUAUGGAAGCGUCAGAAACUCCUCCAACAUUCAAGGUAUUCCCUGUUUUGAUAACUCGAAUUUUCCUCCAGAGUUUUCACAAAACUCUGAUUCAAAUACAGAAAAGAAUUUAUUGAAUAAAGUCCUGCCGAAUGAAGAUUAUAAAACAACUAUCAUGUACGAUUACUUUAAUGAAGGUUUCAAGAACAGUAAUUUUUACAGGUAUUUAGAGUCUAUGAAAGAACAUAAAUUACUGAACUUCAGUGAUUCUAAAAUCUAUUCUUUCUUUAACAAUGGCUUCGAAAACUCCAAGUUUUACAGAUAUCUUGAAAAUCUGAAAAAUGUUGAGAAUUUUACUGUUGAAUUCAAUGAAGGUAUAUACGAAUAUUUUGAUAAGGACUUUAAAAAUAGUGGUUUCGUUAAAUAUCUAGAGAAUAUAAAAAAUUAUCAUAAUAUCUCAUUGACAGGGAUUUCAAAUAAUGCAAUGAAACAAGAAUAUGGUGAAGACUUCAUUAGAGAUAAAUUACAGAAAUAUCUAGGAGGUCUCCAAAUAAACCAAACAACUCCAAACUCGUCGGAAUAUAUUUAUGGUGAUACAUUUUGUCCGGAAUUCGAGAAAGUGGAAGUGAGAGAAAUAUUGUUGAUAGUAACAAUAUUAGUUUUGAUAAUAAUAGCCACCAUUUUGAUUAUUUUGACAUAUAUUGUUUAUAACAGUUUGAAUAAAAUGAAAAACACUAACGAACGAAUGGAACUUCUUAACGCCUAAUGUUGCUAAUAUGCUAACAAGAUCACAUAAAAAUCAGUUUCGAAAGCACUUUUAUUCGAAACAACAGAAUGUUUCUUCAAUAUUUACAAAUGUAGCAGAUAUCUCGAGAGAGCUUUUUGGUCAUCAGAAUGUUUGUCUUCAAUUUCGAAUUUGAAAUUUGUCAUAUGGACUUUCCUAACAACGACUAGGUACUUCACUUUUUAUUUCAAGGGCUAAUUGUUAACAGAAAACUGUUCAAUAGAGGGUGUUUGAAAUGUGAAAUUCCGUAUUAUGAAAAUAAAAUAUAAUUUGAAAUUA